GGGGGUGCGUGUGAUUGGUUGAUGUGUCGUCUACACUAGUUUCCUUUUUCCUUUGGUUUUGUUUUGGUAUUACUUUGCUUCUGAUUCAAUUGUCUCGUCAUGCUGUAAUGGGGAAGGAAAUCUCCUGAAAACACUUUAACAAGAAAGGAACGAACUGGCUUAUUAUUGUUCUGCUGUUCUUUUUAUUGGUCCAGUUAAAGCUCUAGAACAAUGCAGCAACAUCAACCCCUCAAAGUGAUCAGGGAGGAUGGGAUGCAGAUUUAUUUUAUUUUUCUGCUCCUCUUUUUUGGUAUAUCUGUUUUGUUUGGUACGGAACCAUUGUUGUUGUUGUAGCAGCAGUGUUUAUCAGAACGUUAGCACUUGAAAGUUAAAAUGACAAUCUUUCUUCCCCACCAGCAUAAAGAUACCAUUUUUGUAGCCAUCACACUAGCUUCCUGCAUUCUUUUUGUCUGGAGCUGCAGGAUGGAUGAACAUCUGAGGUUUUUUUUUUGGACAUCAAAUGUCUCUGUUUAAUUACUUGCUUUUAUUUUCCUGUUAGAUGUCACGUUAUGUCACAAAGAUCAUACUCAAGUGCUUUUUUUUUUUGUUUGCAUCAUCCCUUUCAAUUAUUUGUGCUUUAAUUUAUUUAAUCACAAUUCUAUUGCAGAUGCUGGACUACAAUGUGCCUGGAGGUAUGGCUUGAUCCAGUUAUAACGAGCUGUUCUCUGAUUUAAAUUUAGAGCGAUACAUAAACGAUAAAAUGCAAGCAGAUGGAAAGGACAGAACAAAGAUAUAUUAUUUUAUGCUUGCUCUCUGAGUUUUUUGGUUAAGAAAAUUUCUUUUUCCCAUCCUAGGUCUUAAAUGCUGACAGUGAAUAUCAUUUGGCAGGAAAGCUAAAUCGAGGUCUCUCCGUCAUUGAUAGCUACAAGCUGCUAAAAGAAGGGAAGGAGGUAACCGAAGAGGAGGUAUUUCUUGCAAGUGCGCUGGGCUGGUGUAUUGAAUGGGUAGGUGGAUGAUUGGUGUGAGCUCAUUCAAUAUUAAAUGUUGUUCAUCGAAAUUAAAUGACUGAUAAGUUUUCCAUGGAAAAAACUGUCAGCUCCAGGCAUACUUUCUUGUCCUCGAUGACAUUAUGGAUGGCUCUCACACUCGGCGUGGUCAACCCUGCUGGUUUAGAGUACCCAAGGUUGGUAUGAUUGCUGUUAAUGAUGGUGUCCUACUUCGGAAUCACAUCCCGAGGAUUCUCAAGAAGCAUUUCAGAGGGAAACCUUACUAUGUGGAUCUUCUGGAUUUGUUCAAUGAGGUGGAGUUCCAGACGGCUUCGGGACAGAUGAUAGAUUUGAUUACUACCCUUGAAGGAGAGAAGGACUUAUCCAAGUAUUCGUUAUCGCUGCAUCGUCGGAUUGUUCAAUACAAGACUGCCUAUUACUCGUUUUACCUUCCGGUUGCAUGCGCUUUGCUAAUGGCUGGAGAUAAUUUGGAUAAUCAUAUAGAUGUAAAGAACAUUCUUAUUGACAUGGGAAUAUACUUUCAAGUUCAGGAUGACUAUUUGGAUUGUUUUGGUGACCCCGAAAAGAUUGGGAAGAUAGGAACUGAUAUUGAAGAUUUUAAAUGCUCUUGGCUGGUUGUAAAGGCAUUGGAAAAAUGCAACGAAGAACAGAAAAAGAUUCUACAUGCACACUACGGAAAGCCAGAUCCUGCAGACGUUGCGAAAGUCAAAACUCUCUAUAAUGAACUCAACCUUCAGGGAGUGUUUGCGGAGUUUGAAAGCAAGAGCUAUGAGAAGUUGACAGGGUCCAUAGAGGCUCAUCCCAGCAAAGCUGUGCAAGCAGUAUUGAUGUCGUUCUUGGGCAAGAUAUACAAGAGGCAGAAGUAAGAAAAGAAACCCAUUUUUGUCUAUGUUCCAGAAGCAAGAAAGGAAAAAAAGGAUAAAAAGAAGCCAGUCAGCCAAGGCAUAUUUGAAUAUGCAUUCAUUGAGGAGCCAAAAAGAAGGGCCCCCUUUUGUUGUUGUUGUGGGUUUAAGUCUUUAAGCUUUAGUUUUCCUUGGGUUCAAAAGGAAACAAAGAUUAGUUUGAGGUCAUGUCAACCAUUGUUUGUUUUGAUGAAUUUGGUCAAUGAAGUUUGCAACUUAGAAGUACAUUUGUAUUAUGAAUCUGAAUCAAAAUGUGAGCUUGUGUUUGUCUUUUUUCUUGAUAUUUAGUUGAAUGAGAAGUAAAAAAUUAGUUUUGGAACUAAUCUAAUAUUUCUAGUGAUGAAUUUCGUUCACCUUAACCCCUUUUCCGCUGUAUCUCAAGAAUCAUUCCCGUUUUCUUCUGGUGGAAAAACCUACAAGUACUUGAACAUUAAAGUGAUUAGUUAGCCUCAAGUCAAGUUCUCU